AUGGCUUCAGAAAUAUGUGCAAAAAACAACCAAGCUUGUCGAGACAAAGGCUACGAUGUAUCAGUUAAAGCAUACUACGAUGACCACGGAGAAUGUGUACAAUCAUGCUACAAAAAAGGUGAUUGUCCUAUGUUUGUGUGCCAAUGUGAUGAUGAUCAAUGCAAAUUCUUUGGGCGUGACAAAUGUGGUGCAAACGCAACCAGUUGUAUCGACAAUAAGUGUCAAGUCCAAUGUGGACCACCCAUACAAAAGCGCAGAGGAACCACUUGUGAUUGUAACAUUGAUGAGUGCACAAAGAAAGGCUACACUGCGUGUGUUGGUGGUGAAGUAGUUGAUGGUAAAUGCGUAUCAACAUGUCGCGGCUCUAAAUGUGAAGACGGCAGGAAGUGUCCGCCGUGCCGGGAAGAACAAUGUCAAACGUAUGGCAUGGGCAAAUGUUCUGGAAGUUACUGUCAAAACAACAAGUGUAUGGUGAGUUGUUGUGAAGAUCAUGCCAAUGUUACUACCCUUCCGCCUGCAACUACGCCAGUUACAUCAACAUUGCUUACAACUACUACGGUUAAACCUACUACAACUACUACUACUAAAGCUACUACUACCAUGACUAAAUCUACUACUACCACUACUAAAGCUACUACUACUACUCCUACUACCACUCCUACUACAACAACAACAUCUACUACAGCUACCACUACUACUACUACUACCACUACUACUACUACUACUACUACUAGUACUACUACUACUACUACCUCGACUACUACUGAACCUACUACUACUACUACUACUACUACUACUACUACUACAACUACCACUACUACUACUACUACGACAACCACUACUACUACUACUACGACAACCACUACUAGUACAACUACAACCACUACAACAACUACAACAACUACCACGACUACUACUACCACAACAACUACCACACAAGCACCAGCUCCACCUCCACCUCAAGAACAUGCUUGGUGCUGUUAUGAUAUUAAUCCUUCUUUGGGUAUUACGUGUAAGUUUAUAUAUAUAGAACAAUACCUCCUUUAGGAAUUUUUUGAAAGUGAUUUCUUUUCUAUUGAUGUCCCCAAAAAAAUAAUUUUUUUUAAUUUUUUGGGUUUUUUCUUUUAUUAUUAAAUUGAACCAAAAGUAGCGAGACACUUUUUAUUUAUUUUUUAACUGAAAGUGUCUCGCUACUCCUGGUUCAUCCUAAUAUCUUUUUAAUUUUCAGACAGAUGGUGUUACCCAGCGGAUCCGUACCAAAUAUGCAGGUGCAGAUGCGUUGUGA